AUGGAUGACACAACCCAACAGAUUCGUGAACGUAUUGUUCGCCAAAUUCAAGUGAUUUUCUCUGAAUCUCUGCCAGAUGUCGGCUCAGGCACGAUGCGAAUGCGAAUCAUUGGUGAUAUCCCAAACAAUUAUUUCAAAUCCAUACGUCCCUUUGUUUCUGAGACCGAGGAAUACCUCCAGAGAUCGCACCCGGAUAAUAAGACUCGUUUGGUCGCCGUCAAAAUCUGCCGUGGGAAGCACUCCUAUUUUAUAAUCGACCUCAACAAUACCGAUUAUAACUAUAAAACUGCUCAUGAAUGCAGAACAUUGAUCCCUGUCUAUGUCCUUGGCCUAACGAAAAGACAACUCAUAGUUGUCCGAAAACGAUCAUUGGAUGAAACAAUUGCUAAGGUUCUUAGGAACAUGCACAAUCUCCAUGGUCAGGAUCCUCUACCUUUAUUUGAUAACCAUUAUGACGAGAAUCUUCAAUACCCCAACCCACGCAACUUGCAUAUCGAGAUUUGA